ACCUCUUCUCAUCUUUCUUCAAUCAGUCCGAUUGGAACAUCUUGCUUAUCAUGUCCGAUAUCCAGAAAAACGUCGAGGCCGCCUCGGAAAACUACUCGUCUAGCUUCGACAAGGGACACCUGGCCCUGCCGCCCGCGAAGAAGUAUCUUGUCCUCACUUGCAUGGAUGCCAGAAUUGACCCGGCACGGGCGUUUGGCAUCGAGUUGGGCGAUGCGCAUGUCAUUCGCAAUGCCGGCGCUUCGGCCAUUGACGGACUCCGCAGUAUCGUCAUCUCGCAGCAGCUCCUCGGCACGCACGAGAUCGUCCUGGUCAAGCACACCGGCUGCGGCAUGCUGACUUUCAAGAACGAGGACGCGUACGGCAUCGUCGAGAAAAACUUGGGUGCCGACGCCUCGUUGGAGGCCAAAAACCGGAUCCCCGACUUCCUCCCCUUCCCCGCGCUGGAGGAGGCCGUCGAGAGGGACAUUAACUUCAUCAAGGCCUCCAAGCUGGUGCCUGAUGGCGUAGCGCUGAGCGGUUGGGUUUAUGAGGUCGAGACGGGCAAGACGAGGCGGGUUGUUUGAAGAUCUACCAUGAGAGCGGAAGCGGUGUGUGAGGCGGGUGGGCGCAGCAAGGCGUUUUGUGGUUGGUACUAGGAAGCAUUGAUAGAGUAGGUAUAUUUCCCUGUUAGGCGAGACGAAAAGAUACCAAAUGGUGUGAAGAC